AUGAGUCAACGGCGCGUGGAGGUGGCGGUGCGCGUGCGACCCAAUACGGAGUUGUGCCGUAACUCGUGUGUUUCUCUCAGUCAUGCAACACAUCACAUAAGCUUGCAGGACAACAGCGGCGUCAACGCGCUGGCUGGGCGCCGCUCCUACAAGGAGGACUUUCUCUUCGACGAGCACGUGAGCAACAGAGCUGUGUUCGAGAAGCUGGUGUUGCAGAGGAUGCUCGCAGCCACGCCAGAACACCCAGACACGCUGUGCUUUCUUGCCUACGGCCACACGAGCAGCGGCAAGACCUAUACCAUAGGGGGAAGUGAGAAGGAGCCUGGAAUACUCGCACUCUGCGUGGAGGAGCUUCUGCGCGGUGAGGGUGUCGUGGAGGUGGCGAUGCUCGAGGUGUAUCUAGAGUCUGUGAACGACCUUCUCGCGCACGGAGAGCCGCGGCACAUCCGCCGUCGCCAAGGACCGCUAGGCCCGGUGAUUGUGGUGGAGGGACUCACCACGUGCUCCCUCACGUCUGUGCAGCAGUGGAAUGCCGUAGCUGCUUACAGCAUGAGUUCACGCCGCACCGCGCCGACAGAGCGCAACCCUCGCAGCAGUCGUAGCCACGCUAUCUUCACCAUCAAAAGCCGCGGGGUGCGUCUCUGCUUCGUUGACCUGGCCGGGAGUGAACGGCAGACUGUCUUCUCCCCUCAACUCAACAAGGAGAGCAUCAGCAUCAACAAAUCGCUCUCCCGCCUGAGCACCGUACUGGAGGCACUGAGCAACCAACGAGUCACCCAGGAUGGAGCUCGUCCCUACGUGAACUUCCGAGACACCACCUUGACAGUGCUGCUGCAGCGUUACUUGACCGGGUCGUCCAUGACCACGUUUCUCGCCUGCGUGCAUCCGAGCGCGGACUACUACCAGGAGACUCUCAGCACGCUCCGCUACACCCAGCGUCUGAAACGCAUCCGCACCCGCGUAACCAAGGUUGAUGAGGUCGAGUGGAGCGAAAUGAAGACCAGCGAGCACCAGGUACUGCUUGAUGAGCUGACCCGCCUACGCGAGCAAAUGAAAGCGAGCGAGAACGCUUCUAAGCUCGUUGAGGCAGCCCAUCAGCGCCGCAUAGCGGAGUUGGAAUCCACGCUGGCAAAGCAGGGGAGGUCACCAUGCGGCGCAGUUGGUGCUUCAUUGCCCCUUUUGUCCCCUCCCAGAGAGCUGAACGCUAGCCGCGCGAGGGACACGAGACGCGUCGCGGGUUGGCUGCUCAGCCGCGUCUUGGGAGAACUGCCAGAGUUAAAUGUAGGCUACGACGCCUACUUUGACGCCUAUUUUCCCCCUUCAGUUCAGGUGAUCGGCUACGUGUCCACCAUGGCGAGCCUUGUGCCGCGCAUCCCCGGCGAUGACCCGCUCGCAUUUCUCGACGUCGGCGACUUGGCCAUGGGCCUCUCUAUGCUAGACGCUGGUGUCCCCCCAUUCGUUCGACUGCAUACGUCUCGCUGCGGUGACCCGAGUGGCUGGGAGGGGUACGAGUGGGAUAGUAGCCAUGAUGUGGUCUACGUGCUUGCUUUCUUUGAGUAUCACCCUACAGCGAUGUCCGCCGCUGGCAUGGAGGAAGCCCUGCAGUGCUGUGGUGGUUACGUGACGUCCGCCCCGCUGCUGCCGAUAGCGACGGUGCUCUGCGUGGCGGAGAGUGCCACUCGCCGCGUCAAAGAGGAGGUGCUGCAGCGCCUCGUCGACUUGCAGUGCGAGCAGCAUGAGGCAGUCAUGGAGCAGGCCAAUGCUGGGGCAAGGACGCCGUCGCUGUCGUCCUCGCUGUCAUCGUCUCGUCAAUCUACGUUGCCUUCAGGCACGGAGCUUCUCGACGCUUCCCUGGUGCACAGUGUAGGCGGGGCAGAGGGUGACAACGACGCUUCGGCCAUCUCAAGUGCUGCUAAUGGUAAUGCACUCCUCGGGAAGGAGGUCCACAACCAAGCGGCGGAUACGCCGUGCAUUGUGGCACCGCUUAAAGAGGAGGAUAGCAGCACCAACAAUAGCAACAGCCACAGCUGCGACUCGCGCAAAGAGGCGCGCGCAGAGAUUGGGUCAGCCGAGGUGCGCCACAACCUCGGCGAAUGCACCGCCCCUUCGAGGCCGUCGGUGUCGCCGCCGCGAGAGGGCAAAGCCGAAGAGACGAAAGCAGCGGAGGGCAGCACCACGGCGGCGGUUUCAUUCCCACAGUCUGCGUCACCAACACGUAGGCUAUUUUCCCCGCAGCGGCCUUCCGGCACCGCAUUAGCGCUCUUACCACCUGCAGACGAGGUGUCACCGGGGUGUACCAGUAAGCGGCGUCACAGGACCGCUAGAGAAGGGAAGGCCGUGAAGAUGCAGACGUGUCAGGGAUGCAGCGCCGCGUAA